AUGUCCACUCUAGACGCCCACGCCGUCGACGGCACAGCCAAGCCGCUGCUCGACCACAUCGUCAUCCUAGUCGACCACGACACCCUCACCGGCAUCGACGAGCGCCUCGCCGGCCUCUUCACCGUCGCGCCCGGCGGCCGCCACGCCGACGGCCUGACCUGGAACCGGCUGAUCCUCUUCGAGGACGGCACGUACCUUGAGCUGAUUGCCUUUGCCGACAGCGUCAGCCCCGCCGCGCGCAAGCAGCACCGCUGGGGCUCACUCCGCGACGGCGCCGUCAUCGACUGGGCCUGCUCGCUGCGCGCGGAAAGCGCGUUUGCGCGCAUCCAGGAGCAGGUGUCGGGUGCGCAGACGGGGUACACGUACCGAGAUCCGACACCGGGUGGGCGGGAGCGGCCGGACGGCACGGUGCUCCGCUGGGCGAUUGGCACGGCGGCGAACCCGGACGGCACGCUCGUGUUCCCGGGCGCGCUUCCGUUUUGGUGCUUGGAUAGGACGCCCCGAGAGCUGCGUGUUCCGUAUCAGAGCGCACCGGAGCUGGCGAGCCACCCCUCCGGCGCAAAGGGCAUCUCUCGAAUCGUGAUUGAAGCGCCGGAGGGCGAUGCGGCACGUCUUCGAGACGUCUACACGGCGAUAUAUGACCCGAGAUCUGACAAGACCGGGGAGGACGAGUGGCCUUUUCAUGUACCAUCGGAAGGACACCGCGGCAAGCAGACCGUGUCACUUGUGGAGGGUUCGGGUGAGCAAGUCAUCCAGCUGGCACUGGCUGGGGGCCAACAUAGCCCGUCCUUUGUGGAAUUGCUCCCAGGACUCGUGGUCAAGUUGGAAAGCUACUUGUAA